AAUCUUAAAAUAAACCUUGGUGUUUGCCAAAAUAUUUAAGUUUAACUUCAAAGCUGUUUUUCAAACGCAAGCUGAUUUAGUUGCAGUUUAAAUGCAAUAAUAACAGGUUCAAGGUACUAAAAGUAAUAGAAAAAAUUAAUUAUUACAUAUUUUUUUGAAAAUGCCUCUGAAUAUAAUUACAAAAAGUAGUGAUGAUGAUAAACAUUCAGCAGAUAUAAACAGUUUAAUCCAUAAAAAUGGGAAGAUUUAUUCGGGGGCCGAUGAUGGGAAAAUUAAGAUGUGGGACUUAAAUUUGAACAAAAUCGGGGAAAUUGAAGCUCAUCCCACCACCGUUUACUGUUUAACUUCGAGUGAUGAAGAUUUAUUUUCAUGUUCAAACGAUGGUUUGAUAAAAUCGUGGUCUUUAAACGAUUUGAUUCAAAAACAAGUUAUUCAUCAAGGUGAUAACGAAGUUUACCGGGUCUUUUACUCAAACGGAAUUUUAUAUUCUUCUGAUGAAAUCGGAGAUAUUCGAUUACAUCAACAAAACGAGCUUAAAGCCCAAUUUAGCUUAUUAGAACCACAUAGAGAAUUAAUCAUCCACGAUGGAUUAAUGUACACUUGCAGAGAUUUAGAUUUGGUUAUAUCAGAGUUUACAGGCGAAAAAACAUUUCAAGUAAAAUCGUCUUUAAUGGGGAGAGCCCCUUUAUGCAUCAUUGAUAAUUAUUUAUGUUUUUCAAGUCGUGGAGGUAAAGAUAUAUGUUUGCACAAAAAUAACGAUGAUUAUGUAGCAGUUGGAAUCGUUCAGGCUGCUCACGAAAUGAUUAUUAAUGCUUUGGUUGGUCUUAAAAUAAACGAUGAAGUGUAUUUAUUUAGCUCCGGUUGGGAUAAAACCAUCAAAAAAUGGAAAAUUAGUGAAACUGGAUGUAGUUUUGUUGAAUCUUGUGAUGUUGAAGCUGUUGUAAAUUGUUUAAUUGUUGAUGAGGGGAAUUUAUAUGUAGGAUGUGGUGAUGGUAGCGUUGUUAAAGUUGGAUUAUAAAAGAAUUGUAGAUUAAAAAAGUUUUUAAAUUAAAUUUAUUUAUAAAGAUAAUAUUGAUCAUAGAUUAGAUAUGAUGUCAUAUUAAAGAACACUCUGUAACCUUUAAUUUGAGAUAUAAAUCAUUUCUUAAUUCCUAUAAAUAAAUCAGAAAUGAUUAUUUAAA